AUGCAAUCCCAAGAGCUAAGUGCGACAGAUGGACGUGAAAGCUGGAUGAGGUUUAUAUUACAGAACCAGAAAUUUUGGUACCAUGUUCUAACAGCUAAAGGUCCAAAUGUAUCAUCAGUGCAUCGUCAUAAAUCCUAUCAUCAGAUGUUGCUGGCAUUGCAAGGCAUUCUGGAGAGUAUUUUGAGCAAGAAUAUUUCAUUGAAGUCAUUUGAUCAUUUGCUCAAAUUAUUUGAGACCUUUGGAAGAAGUGCUUGUUUUGAGUUACUUUCUGCAUCAGAUCCCCAAGGUAAAUGUAAUAAAAGAGAGGUGGAGAAAGCUGUUUCAGAAUCUGAGAAGAAAAUAGAGGAGAGAUGGGAGCAGUUAGAACACUUAAAGGCACUCGAUACACUUGUUUUAGAGCCAGCUAGUACACACCAGCAUUUUUCUAAGAUAGGAGAACUUAGUGAAAUUAUUAAAAGGUGUUGUAAGCAACUGCAAAGACAGGCAGAUAUCAGCGUCAGAGAAAUUGGACUUAAAUCAUUUUGGGGGUCAUUUGAUGGCCUAUGUAAACCUGCAAAGGUAAUUUACCCAUACUUAGAAUCUACAGUUUUCAUCAAUGUUUGCAUGAGUCUUAUACAAUCUGUUGGCCCUCAUAAUCAGGAGCAGUCGAACAAUGAAACCCUAACAGGGAUGCCGUAUGAUGCGGAGCCAACUUCUGUAGACAGUGGAUCUUCAGCAGUCAAUGAAGCAGACUUGGAAUCAUAUGUCAUACGAAUUGCUACACAAGGCAUUCACAAAUAUGUUUUGAAAUUUGAAAGCUUUUUUGUAGAUGAAGACAUGUUGUUACAAGAUAUAGGGCAAAUGUUCCAAGGUAGUGACCCUUUAAAAGAAUGUGAACUAUUAGAAAUGCUUCAGAGACGAAUGUUUCCAAAACCAGUUCAUGACAGACUUCAAAAUUUCCGUGCAUUAAUGAAAAUGGCUAAAUUGGUCAAGAGUAUGAAAAUUGUUCUUGCAGCAUUUAAAGUGACCAUUGAGGAAAGCAGUGAGUUUGGCUGUGCCAUAGUAAACUUUUCCAAAUAUUUUGAUAAUCCUGAAAAAAUAGGUCUGUUUGAAUUGAGUGAUACUAUUGAUAUGGUCCAAAAAGUAAUCAAAGGCUUUGAUCAAAUGGAAACUUGGAAUGUUAUAGAAGAAUUGUCACAAUCACAAGCACUUCUGGAAUUUCUUAGAGAGAUUAUUGAUGAGGACAUCAGGAAUUUGAUAGAUGCAGUUGAAGAACACGCUGAGCAGUUUGUUUCAGAAUCCACAGUCUCUGAGCUGAUCGCAGUGAAGCAAUUUAUCCAGCCACUUAUAAAAUCUGAGAGUACAUGCCUGACCCAGCCUGAAAUGUUUUUCUACACACUGCAGCAAUGUGUGAAUGAUGGUCCCAAAGAUAUGUCAGGGAAAAUUCGCAACUGUAUGGAUCAUCUACAUAGUUUAAAGGCUCUGUAUGCAAAUGUUGCCAAUAGAGGAGAAAUGACCAAAGAGAUCAUUAGAAAUGUAUUAAAGGUAGGGCAAUUCAGGUUUGGUCUUUAUAGUGACCAUGUAUGUCAGACAACAGUAUUCUGCGAGACAGAUGAGAAAACAACAAGUUAUGGUAUAAAUGACUUGAAUGACCUGCGAAGCAGAGCACUUCUUCUCAACAAUGCAGAAGAAACAAACUUAAUCAGUGGUGACCAUGUCAGUGCUCCCUUGGAAAAUGUAGAAUUGGAUAAGUUUAUUGCAGCUGUGGAUUCUGCAUAUGAAAUAUCCUCUGUCUGCACUCUGUUACACAUUUCUGGUCAUUUUAGAUAUCGACAGUUUGAAAGAAAAAAAUUGGAAAUAUGCCAGUUAGAGGAUAUAUUGCUGAGCCUGAAAAAAGACUUAAAUGACUGGAAUGAAGAUCUGCAACGAGCAAGGGAUGAAUGUUAUUAUCUGAAUUUCAUUCAUGCUGACCAGUUAUGGACACUUCAUGACUACUUUACACAUAACAUUCUUGAUUCAUCUUAUGAACAGGCACUAGGGAUUCUUUCCUUUAUUUGCCCUGGUGCUAAUGCUCCAGAGGGGUUUGUUAGUGAUGUCUCUUCCUUUGAAUCACAUAGUAAUCCAUAUCAAACUUUGGUGGAGAUUGGUAAAGCAUUGGAAUCAUACUUCAAGUCCGCUAUGCCCACUUUGAGACCAAUAUAUGGAGUUUCACAUGAACCAAGAAAGGAAGUAGUAGCAACCAUGGAUUCCAUGGUUCAACCAGGGCAAUUAUAUGUUGCAACAUUGGACAGAGAAAGUCGCCAGAUUGUUCCAGUAAUUCUAGAGUUGUACGCCUUUACUACUGGGCUUUAUCCAGAACCCCAUCAAAUUUUGUUUGCAAAUCAGAGUACAAGUAGUGAUGAGAUUCAGUUGUUUUUAAGGCGUUGCAUGAAGUCAGUGUCUCGUGGGAAAUCAGCUUUGUACUGUAUUACAAAUGUUGAAGCUCUACCAGGUGACCUGCAAUUCUAUCUUGUUGAUGAAAUUCAGUCUUACUUGCAACAAGAUGGUGCAUGUAAGAAUGAACAUUUUCUCCUGGCUAUCAUUUGUAGAGGCGGAGCGCAUCAUUCAUUGGUUGACCAAUUUUCUGAUUUUACCCACAGAAUUCAGGGAAUGCAGAAUGGGAUGCUUCAUGAGUGUCUAUCCAAGCUUGAUAGAGCAGUAACAGUUGUAACCUCAGAAGUACCUGGGCUUGGCAAAACAGAAGAAAUUUUACAAAAAACCGCAGAAGCUGGACAGGCUGUUAUAACUUUCCCAAUAAGUGGGCCAUUCAAGAGAGAUGUCACCGUGAAGAGACUGGUUGACACCAAAGUAACCAAGAGCCAAGCACUCCAUUUGAGCCUCGAUACUGUGGAUGAUCCCAGAGCUUUGGAUGAAUUCAUAUUUGAGCUUUUGGUCAUAGGGACAGUGAAGGCAGGAACAUCUUUAUUCCACAUGCCUACAAAAAGCAUCUUCAUAGAGGUUAGCAAUACAAUAGGGGAUCAUCUUGUUAAUUCCUUAUGUGCUGUUAUGUGUUUUAAGAGAAUACAUCUGCAAUGGAAAAAUUAUAAAAAUUUGCGAGUGAGUGAAGAAAUCACAAGUCCUGUGCAGGUGGUAUGUCAUUAUUUGAAAGCUUUGGAUCAAGCAACGUUGGAUACCCAGGAUAUCAUUUUUCAUGACCAAAGAGCUCCAAGACCUUUACCAGGAUCAGCCUGCCAGGAUCUGCUUAAAAAACAUUUCAGUUCAAACCCAGAUAUGUCAUUUGCUAUACUAAACAUUUUUAUCAAUGUCCUCUCAGACCAACUGAAGAAACUCUCUGCAAGUUUUUUCUUCAAAGCAUCAAGUCUCCAUGCAAUGCUUGGUGAAGAAAAGCCACAGACAGUACGCUCCAGUCUUGUGAGAGCACUCAUAGAGGUUUCAAAAGAAUUCUCUGCAAGAUCAAUCACUAGUUGUAAGGAGCAGCAGUCUUUAGCUUUGUCGCACAUGGAGCAAAUACAAAAGCUUCAGAUUGAAACAGAAAAAACAGAAGACAGUACAACAUGUAUGUUAGUUAGAGUGCAAAGUAUGAUAAGGUGGAGUGAUAGCAACCAUUUUUUGGUCUUCUUUCAUAGUUCAGAUUUCCAAACAAUCUCAAUGUUGUAUAGGUCCUUGGAUAAAGUACCAAAAAGACUAAAAGAACUCUUCAAGACUCAAUUUGAGAAAUCACUUCCAGAGAUGAAGAAUCUGUCACAAGAGCAGCUGAAUGAAAUGCUGGAGAAGAUAGCAAGGACAAAGCCAAUUUGUUCUCAAAGAAAGGCUUUAUCAGUUAUUGCCGAGAAAUAUGCUUUGACACCAGACAAUCUGCUGAAGAUGGCAUUGAUUAUCAUGAGAGUCCGAGCUGGGAUUCCAGUUAUUAUAAUGGGGGAAACUGGAUGUGGCAAAACAAGUCUCAUAAAGUAUCUUGCCUUGACUUGUGAAGUUGACCUUACAACUUUUAACAUUCAUGCUGGUAUACAAGAGGAAAAGAUUUACAAGACAGUCAUGGAUCUUGACCGAAAGGCAAGUGAAGACCUUGACAACUCAUAUUGGUUGUUCUUAGAUGAAAUUAAUACUUCCCAAUACCUUGGCUUCCUGAGUGAAAUCAUCUGCCACAAGUCCUGCAGAGGACAACCACUAUCACCCAAUCUAGUAUGCAUUGCAGCUUGCAAUCCUUACAGACAACGUGAAGAACAUCAGAUAUAUUCUGCUGGCUUACAGGGUAAAGUAAAGAUGGACUCCCAGUCAAAAUUAGUCUACAGGGUGUACCCUCUUCCAGAAAACAUGAUAGACUAUGUGUGGGACUAUGGUACCUUGGAGCCAAAGGAUGAAAAUUGUUAUAUCUCGCGGAUGGUUGAAGAUAUAAAGUCAGCAAAACAGAACCAGAUUGUUUGUGUGAUUGUGGAAUCGCAAAAGUUCAUGAGAAAAACUGAGCAUAGUGACUGGUGUGUAAGUCUUCGGGAUGUUCACAGAUGCAAGAUAUUGAUCAAGUGGUUCAAUGAAAAUCUACCUAAGAAGACAAGUGCUUCACCAAAUAAGCCACCUCAUGAUCAUUCUUCAUGCAUGGCCCUAUCUUUGGAGGACAAAGCCAUCAUAUUAGCACUGGCCCAUUGUUACUUUGUGCGUCUUUGUAACACUCAAGACAGAGCAGAAUAUGUGAAGCUUAUUGCAGAGAAACUUUGCACUUCUGCUGAAGCAGUUUCUUGUGUUAUAAGGAAGGAGCAGGAAGAUCUUUUAGACAGAAUGGAGCUACCUGAAGGAACAGCUAAAAAUACAGCCCUCAGAGAAAAUGUGUUUGUCAUACUUAUUUCAAUUUUGAAUCGCAUCCCUAUAUUUGUUGUUGGCAAACCAGGUUGUAGUAAAUCACUUUCAAUGCAGUUAAUUCGAAGCAAUUUACGAGGUAAAGAUUCACGCGAUACAUUUUUCAAAGAACUGCCUCAAUUGUUAGUGGUUACAUAUCAGGGAUCUGAGUCUUCAACUGCAGAAGGAAUUGAAAAGGUGUUCAUCAAAGCUAACAAUUACAGUGAGCACAACCUUCAGUCAGAUGUUCUACCAGUUGUGCUGCUUGACGAAGUAGGGCUUGCUGAGAUGUCUCGACAUAAUCCCCUAAAAGUGCUUCACAGCUUAUUGGAACCUGCUCAUGGUAAAUUUCCUGACAUAGCUGUCGUAGGUAUUUCUAACUGGGCCCUAGAUGCAGCAAAAAUGAAUAGAGCAAUUCAUCUAUCUAGACCAGACUUUGAUGAGACUGAGCUAUAUAAAACAGCCUUAUCAAUAAGUGGGGCAGCUGGUAACUGCCAACAUGAGAGUAAGGGGUAUCUCAGAACACUUGCUGGUGCAUACAAUGAUUACCUAAAACAUCAACGGCAUCAAAACUUCCAUGGCCUACGUGACUAUUAUUCUCUCAUCAAAUAUGUCACAGCUGACAAGAAAGCUUUUGGGUAUCAAUGUAAUAGAGAUGUGAGACUAAAACAAAUCAAUAUGGGCCUCUUGCGUAAUUUUGGAGGUCUUUCAGUCGAAAGAAAUGACAUUGUGAAUGAAUUUAUGGAGAAAGUCGGGGGAGAUUGCAAGUUAGAUAUCAGUGUUGAUAAUCUUGUGAGACAAAACCUCCAGGAUGAACUAGCACGACAUCUAAUGCUAAUCACUAAUGGAGACUCAGCUGUAGGGAUUUUGGAAAGAUCCCUGAAAAUACUGGAUCGUGAAUAUGAAGUUAUAUUUGGAAGCCAGUUCGAGGAAGACCAACAAGAGGAGUACAAUUACAGAAUUUUAAGCAGAAUCAUUUUGUGUAUGGAACGUGGUAUUAUUCUUAUUCUCCGAGAUCUUGAAAACAUAUACGGAAGCCUUUAUGAUAUGCUGAAUCAAAAUUACACUAAUGUGGGGAAAAAGCGCAACUGUCGCAUUGCACUAGGCCCAAACAGUAACCCAAUGUGCCAUGUACAUAAAGAUUUCCGCUGUAUUGUACUUGUUGACCAAAGCAAAGUUGAUUACUCAGAUCCUCCAUUUCUGAACAGGUUUGAAAAGCAGCUUCUCAGGUUUGGAGAUGUACUUACCAGUCACCAGAAAAAUGUUAUUAAAGACCUAGAGAAUUGGGUGUGUGAUAUCUCAACAAUACAAGGCCUUCCGUUCAAUCAUGAAGAUGUGUUUGCAGGUUUUUAUCAAGAUACUUUGGCAUCAUUGGUUACAAAACAAUGCCCAGGUGAAGAUGAAAUAUAUGGCACCAGAGAAAUUCUUGAAAAUUGUAAAAGAAAGUUGCUUCUGGUUGGAACACCGCAAGGAAUAAUCCGAGCAACAAGGUCAACAAUGGGAAAAAGUAUGCCACAGGAGGUCAGAAAGAUACAACAUAUGUAUUUUCAGUACCCCUUGUAUGAUGGCCUGCAGACAUUUUUAGAGACUAUAUUGACCAUGCCAGAUGAUGAAGCAUCAUCAGAUCUGCUUCAAGAUGCUUGGGAUAACGGAUCUGGUGUCAAGAUAGUUGUUUUGACUCACAGCAAUAUCCAUGCCCCUAUUCAAAUUGGGCCUCCUUUCAAUUGCCUGCCUUUAAAGCUAGGAGCCUUUAAGUCAGAGAAGCAACUUACAGCACGGGUAAAGAAAUACUGGAUUGAAGAUAAGGAGGAUUUGCUUAUUUUACAGUGUAGGCCAACGACAGAUGCUGUACAUAUGCUGUUGGCAAAGACCAUUAUAGAACACUGUAGACAAGAGUAUGUGCAGCAGUUAACCGAUUCCUCAUUAAAGAAGCAUGUUUGCAUCCUUGUUCACAUGGAUCACAAUUCUUCUGAAAUAGGCUGGCAGUUUAACUUUCUCUCGAGAUGUUUGUUAGUAUAUUUAGAUCGUCUUGACAAACCAAACAGUAAAUUGCAUGCUCUACUAGAGAAAAGUAUUGUGGACAUAUUGAAAGAAGGAGAUGUUAAUUUACAUGAUACCAUCAAGCAAAAUUUCUUGUGGGCUCUAAUCACUCGUAUAACAUACGCAGGAAAACAACCAUCUCUGGAUGUUGUCACAGAUAUCAUUUGCUCUGCUUGUAAGUCCAAAGAAUUUAUUAGCUGCUUUGAAGAUGCCAUUCUCAACUGGCUUACGGUGAAUGGAUUUUCUGAAACUAGAUCUAUGUUUGAUUCUAAGGCAUGGCAACUGGAUGUUGUAUGUGACAAGCAGGCUUUGGAGAAUUCAAGCUCCCUUCAAGAAGCACUGGAAAGGCGUGUAAAGCAGUGCUUGUCAUGGCCCUUGGCUAUGAUAGUUUACCAGCUGGAAUGCUCAUCAGCAUGGGCUAGUUUUCUCCAUUACCUAGGUGAUAAUGAAGCAGAUGUCCAGAAACGGGCAAUAUGGAAGCAGCUUUUUCAAAAUCCAGAUAUUUUUCUCAUCUCUCAUUUGCAGCGACCCUUGCAUGCUGGGUGUUAUGUGUGCGAUUCCCAGCAGUUGAAUCUCAAAUUUCCAUUUAGUAAAGUGCUUUUUGCCCGUAUAGAUCAAGUUGAAUCCCUUUUUAUAGAGGACUUGAAAACUCUUUGUGAAAAUGAAGAUAACUUAGAUGAAAAUGGAGUGAUUAGAUUCAAGGUUCUUGGAAGGCAACAGCUUCGAUUCCAACCGGUUGUUCUUGGUUGUCUGUGUGAGGUUGAUUGUCACAUAGAUGCUUUUUAUUCUGAUCUGUUAGAGGAUUUCUGUAACUUACAAUCUGCAAAAUUGGCACCAUCCUUGGAGGAACAUACUAGAGUCCAGUCAAUGAAAACCCUUUUACUUCACCAAUUUCAAGUAAAUGCCAAUGAUGACAGAAAGAGUGUGUUAACAAGGGCCAUUUUGGCAUUUUGGAGAAAAAAAGGGCUAAUUGGUUCACUUUUGCAGCUACUAGCAUCGAUAUCAGUGCAUGGCAUUUUAGGUGAUGCCUAUAGUUUUCUUGCACAAGCUGUUGAAAGCUAUGAGCAACAGAGCGAGACAUUUUCAUAUGAUUCUGUACAGCAAACCCAUUACCCAGAGGUAAUGUCAAGCUUGCAAAGAAACAAAACACCUGAAUCAGGUCAUAAUGAUAUUAACCAAGUGUUUGCAACAAAUGAAUGCAUUGCAUAUGGCACCAGUGAAACCCUGGAUCACAAAGACGCAGAAGAAAUGACACCUACUCUACAACAACACCUUGAAGAAUGCAUAGAUUCUGUUGAAGAUGACACCUUUCAAACAGAACAUGGUGAAGUUGAUGAUAUGGAUGGAGCACCAAAAAGUUUUGCAAGUAGUGACGAUAUUGAAAAGAAACCAUUAGAACAAUUUAUUGUUGAGCAUGUUUGCAAAAGAAUUUUACCAACAAAAUCUGUUCUUCAUCUUUAUGAUGGGGCCGUUCACUGGCACAACAGAAUAAAUAUUUUACUGCAGUUAUCUUCAGAAGUAAUGUCACAAAGUGAAACUGGUGAAUAUCCAUCAGUGCUGCACUAUUUGCGUGUUUGCAAUGACUAUGUGAAUGUGUUGCUGAUUCCACACAAAUUGUCAGACGAUUUCAUUUUAAUGGAUAAAGUGCAUGAUACAGAAGAAAUUAUGGAAUCUGCUGAGUUAUUUCGACAAGUGCUUGAUAAGAUCUGUAAACUUCAUCUUGAAAACCAAAUUCCUGCAGAAAGAUUGGAACUUUUCAUUUGUUUGUAUUUUGGGCGAAUUCUUGAUGCAAAAAUAGAUACGGGUUUGUUUGAGGACAUAUUUCAGUUGGUCGGAAAAGGAAACAUGCCAGAUGAAAACCUGUGUUAUUUUAGACCAGUUUUACAAAGAAUUCUGCUAGCAGAAGAUGAAGAUGGGGCACUUCUGUUAAGAAUCAUUGAUGGAGAUGAGCAAAAAGUUUUUCAGGAAAAUUCUCAAUUGAAGCAGCUGGAUGAUGUAUUGAAAACAAAUUUUAAGAGGUAUGGUUGGAACAGUUCUCUUGCAGCUUUGGUUACUGACACAAUUGCAAGCAUGUACUUUGAGUCAUUGAGAAUUUGUUGGGAUAAAAAUGUGCCAAAUGAUUUGGAAGUGAAGAGAUUUUUUUCAUCAAAGAAGAACAUUAUAACAGCCAAGAAAACUACUUUGAAGUUGGUGACAAGUGUUGCCUUUGUGAAAUCCUUUUUUUAUAGCACUGACCAGGAAAUAGAAAACAUUUUAGAAGGCAAAGCUAACAAUAAAUUUCUCAUGGAUGAACUUCAUGCCCUGACAUGCAUUAGUGAUGCAGACUGCAGUGACAGAAGCACAGUUUUUGUUAGGUUUCUGCUGAAAUGGCUGCGGCAAAAACACAGCGUGGAAGGUGUUUGGCAUAUAUGCGAAAAAGCUGCAGAGUCCUUCAUAAGUUUGAAAAAUAUGGACUGGGGACCAUCGGUUACUUUAAGAAGGAUUAGCUACAACCCAUUUGCAACAUCAAAAUAUUACCAGGAAGCAAAACUAGCUUUCGGCAGAUCCAUAGUGAAGAAGGAAACUAUUCAGCUAGAUGAUUUCUUAAAUAUGGCUAAAAAUUCAUCUGACCACCAGAUGUCACUUUUGGGCAUAAUGUAUAGCAACGGGUGCUGUUUCAUCAAAGAUGUCUACACCAGGCUGUCCAGAUGUUGGACAGAAGAUUGA